AUGAGCGGGAAUGUACCCUCCUCAGCAAAUACCCUUUCUAACGAUGGCCAAGCCAUUCGAGAUCUUCGAAAGAUGAUUAUAGACUGUUGCCGUCAGAACGGCGGUGGCCACGGAGGCUCUGCCAUCGGCAUGGUUCCUCUCGCCGUCGCCCUCUGGCGUCACACGAUGAAAUUCAACCCGUCAAACCCGGAGUGGUUCAAUCGAGAUCGGUUUGUCCUCUCCAAUGGUCAUGUCGCCAUCCUACUCUAUACAAUGCUCUAUGCCUGCGGAUAUCAGAGCAUGACCCUCGACGAGCUGAAGCUGUACGCCAGCGCCAAAUCCCCGGGAGAGGACGGUCAAUGGAAGUCAACCUCAUGCCAUGGGCACCCUGAAAGAGAAGUGCCCGGAGUCGAGGUUACAACUGGGCCUCUGGGCCAGGGGAUUGCAAAUGCAGUGGGACUGGCUAUUGCGUCCAAAAGCUUGGGGGCUCAGUUCAACAAGCCGGGCCACGAGAUCAUCACGUCGAAGGUUUAUUGUACCACCGGCGACGGCUGUCUUCAGGAAGGUGUAGCACAAGAGGCUAUGGCAAUUGCUGGGCACUUGGGUCUUAACAAUCUCGUUCUAUGUUACGAUAACAACCAGGUUACCUGCGAUGGUCCUCUUUCGUGGAUCGUCUCCGAAGAUACAAACGGCAGGAUGCGCGCCCUGGGCUGGAAUGUCGUGGAUGUGUGGAAUGGGGACAGUUCAGUUGACGAAAUCCUGGCCGCUUUGAAACUGGCUCAGGCGAGCGUGUCGAAACCCACCUUCAUCAACAUCCGGACGACCAUCGGAUACGGCACGGCAACGGCAGGCACGGCGAAGUCACAUCAUGGAACUUACUCAGAUGAAGACGCUGCUCUGUAUGGAAAUGAAGAUGCAAAAACGCAUACCCUGUCCGAUCAAACCAGGGCUUUUUUCUCGCAGCUAGUGGAUCAAGGAAAAGCCUUGGAAGCAGAAUGGGACUGUCUCCUUUUGUCUUAUGCUCAAAACUACCCCAAAGACGCCAAAGAAUUGCAGAAGCGCAUGAAAGGCCAGUUUAACGUCCAAGACUUGCUUCAGCAGAUGACAACACCUCCGGAACCGCAGGCUACAAGACAAUACAACGGGUUUGUCUUUAACACCUUGAUGGACAAGGUUCCCCAGAUGCUCGCCGGUGGCGCCGACCUGUGGAACUCCAACCAGAUGGGAGACCAGUCCAGCCGAAUUCUCAGCCGGAGUCACUUUGACGGCCGGGUUAUUCGCUAUGGCAUCCGUGAGCACGCCAUGGCAGGCAUUUCAAACGGUCUAGCAGCCUUUGGCCCUGGUACCUUUCUUCCCAUCACGGCGACAUUCCUCAUUUUCUACCUCUACGCAGCCCCAGCAAUUCGAAUGGGUGCCCUCAGCAAUCUGAAGGUGAUUCACAUCGCGACUCAUGACUCUAUUGGCGAAGGACAAAACGGUCCGACUCACCAGCCAGUUGAGGUAGAUUCGUUGUUUCGAGCAAUGCCUAACCUCCUGUACAUCCGUCCUGCCGAUGAGGAAGAAGUAAUCGGAGCCUGGAUGUGUGCGCUGGGGGCGUCUAACCAACCAAGCAUCCUCUCCCUGGCGCGAGAUCCUCCGGGCGUCAGAAUCCUCACUACGGACCGGUACAAAGUCGCUCGGGGCGGCUAUGUAGUACUGGAGAAUGAAAAUGCGCAAGUAACCCUGGUGUCCUGUGGUUCCGAGUUACAAUUUGCCCACGACGCGGCGCUCAAGCUGAGCGAAGUCGGCAUUUUGACUCGAGUCGUCAGCAUGCCAUGCAUCAGCCUGUUCGAGAAGCAGUCGGGGGAGUACCAACGUUCGACUCUCUCCGCCAGUCGCCAUGUCAUCUCGGUUGAAGCGUACAUUUCGACGAUUUGGGCCCGGCUAUGCACCGCCUCGGUUUCCAUGGACUCUUUCGGGUACUCCGGGGCCGGAGAUGCGAAUUUCAAGCGGUUUGGUCUGGACGGAGAUGGAAUUGUUCGCAAAGUGCGGGGAUACAUUGAAGCUUCGAGUACUUCUGCACGGCGAUGGGUUCGGCUAGAGUAG